ACGACCUGUGAUAAGCUUAUCGCGGCAGGGAGGAGAUACAUUCUCUCAGAAACCCUCUCGGUUGGGCAGGCAGUUGAACCCGGAAUGCUGAGCUGUAGAAACCUAAUUGGACGGCUGCUCCUGGGCCGGCCGGCGAGCACAGUGGCUCGUUCAUUGGCGCCCGGCUACGUGGAGAUUCGCGAGGAGAACGGAGGCCCCCACGUCCUCAAGUAUCCACAGAUCUGGUUGCGGGACAACUGUCAGUGUCCCGAUUGCUUCCACGCCGCGACCAGAGCCCGGAAGAGUCACUGGGAGCGAGGACCUUUCAACAUUGAAGUCUCCAAGCUGCACUACAAUCGGGAGCAGCAAAAACUGGAGGUGACAUGGCAGGAUGAGCACAAGAGCAGCUACGACAUAGCCUGGCUGAGGGAGCGGGACUUUGGGGAGGCGGCCAGGAGGCGCUACUUGAACGAGGUCUAUAAGCCGCCGCCGCAGCUUUGGGGCAAGACCGACUUCCCGGCGAUGCGCAGGGAGUUCGACUACCAGGAUGUGCUGCAGCAGGACAAGGUGCUCCGGGCCUGGCUGGAGGCACUGGCCGUGCAGGGAUUUGCCAUCCUGAAGGAGGCGCCCGAUGACAUCAAUGUGGCCAGGAAGCUGGCCGAAAGGAUUGGCUACAUCAAGCGCACCACAUACGGGGAUGUGUUCGAGGUCAAGUCCAAGCCCAAUGCCGGCAACUAUGCCUACCUGAUGACACCCCUGCCCCUGCACACGGACAUGCCCUACUACGAGUACAAGGCCGGCAUCAACAUCCUGCACACUCUGGUCCAAUCGGAGUCCAGCGGUGGUGCCAACACCCUUACCGAUGGCUUCAAUGUGGCCGCUGCCCUCAAGCAACAUCAUCCCCAGGACUUUGAAGUCCUACGAACGGUGCCCGUAAACUGGUUCGAUAUCGGACACGAUGGCGACGCGGGCAAGCCGUUCCACAGCCUGUGGCGGGCGCCGGUCAUCUGUCUGGACGUGGACGGGCAGUACGCCAGGAUCAAUCAGAAUACAACCAAGCGGGACAGUCGGUUUACGGUGCCACUGGAUCGGGCAAUGGCCUGGUACGAGGCCUACAACAAGUUCCUCUCCCUGGCCCAGUCCGAGGCGGUGGAGUUCAAGACCCAAGCGGGCGAUGUGUUUGUCUUCAACAACCUGAGGAUGCUGCACGGCCGGACGGCCUACGAGGAUGCCCCGGGCAACAAGCGCCAUCUGGUGGGGGCCUAUGUGGACUGGGACAUUAUCUAUUCGAGGCUGCGAACUCUCAAGUUUCCCAAUGCCAAAGAUUGAGAUUAUAGACUAUUAUGGAGUGUGAAAUAA